AUGGUGAAUAAUUUGGAAAUCCCCGUUCGGGUAGAAUCUGACCAUUUUCCAUUGUGCUACACCGUAGAAGUAAAUGCGGUACCAUUAAAAAGCAAGAAAGCAUUUAAUAAUAAAAAGAUAAUUAUUAAUAAGUAUAUUUGGAGUGACGAUAGGUUUCAAACUUUCCGUGCAAAAAUUUGGGGUAGAGCUGAUGACAUAAGAAAUCUAACCAACCAAGAAAUUGACAUUGACAACAUUAAUAAAAUUGUACAGAGUUUUACUGAAAUUUUGAAUUCGGCCGGGGAGGAUAUGCUCCACUCUACUACAAUAAAUCAAACACACAACCAAAAACGCAGCAAUAAACCCUGGUUUGACCAGGAAUGUCGUAAUGCAAAAACAUGCAAAUUGAUUAGCCUUCGGCGCUUUCGAGAAAGUGGUACAAAUCAUGAUUUGGCAUUGUACAAGGAUACAAAACGAGAUUAUGAGAAUCUCAUCAAAUUUAAGAAAAAUAAUUACGAUAUUUAUAUUCAAGACCAAUUGAGAAAAAUUUCUGAUGAAAAAUGUCUCUGGUCUGUUAUGAAAAAACAAAAACGUCACGCCUUCACUCCAAAUCAGUUGGAGAUUGGUGAAUGGGCAAACUACUUUAAAAAUCUGUACAAAACAAAGUUUAGCGAUACUAACGAUGAUUUGCAACCACAUGAUAAUGAUAAUCCAAAUUUAUUACUGAAUGCUCCAAUUUCACAAAGUGAAAUCUUAAAUGCUGUUUAUAAUCUUAAGAAAAACAAAUCCGCUGGGCCUGAUAUGAUUAUUCCAGAAUUUUUGAAAUAUUCAUGUGACUUAACCGUCCCUCUAAUCCAUACUCUCUUCAAUAGUAUAUUUAACACUGAGCAUUUUCCACAGGGGUGGUCCAGAGGUGUUAUAGUUCCAGUUUACAAAAAGAACAACACUCGUGACCCAAACAAUUACAGAGCAAUCAUCCUCCUAAAUGUAUUUAGUAAAAUAUUCACUGGUAUUCUAAAUCAACGUCUAAAAACUUGGGCAAAUGAAUAUAACAAAAUUCCCGAGGUACAGGCGGGUUUCAGGGAAGGGUACAGCACUAUUGAUCACGUGUUCACUCUAUCAGCAAUUAUUCAAAGGUACCUAUCACGAAGAGGUGGGAAGUUGUAUUGCUUAUAUGUCGACUUUCAAAAAGCCUUUGACUCCGUUGAAAGAAAUUGCCUUAUGUAUAGGCUGAGUUUAGACGGUAUCAAUGGGAAAAUGUACAAUAUUUUGCAAAGUAUAUAUAGCGAUGUUAAAUCCUGUGUUAGGAUUGGAGGGUCUACAUCGGAUUACUUUCAACUUGAGAGGGGUGUCCGACAAGGGUGUCUAAUUAGUCCCAUUUUGAUUUCGUUCUUUAUAAAUGAAAUAGAAUCAAGCUUAUGUGAUUCGGGGCUCAGGGGUAUGCAGUUGUUGCCAAAUGACAUGUUUGAACUGUUUAAUCUUUUGUACGCUGACGAUAUUGUUUUUAUGGCAAAUACUGUUAUAAAUUUAAAACGUAUUCUCAAUGUCCUGUAUGAAUUUACCAUUAAGUGGAAAAUGACCGUGAACCUGUCGAAAACAAAAAUAGUGGUUCACCGAAAUGGUGGGCAUUUAAGCAAAAAUGAAAUGUGGUAUUUUGGAAACCAACUUAUUCAGACCGUGGGAUCAUAUGAAUACUUGGGAUUAAUUAUGUCCUGCAAGUGCUCUUGGCAAGUCACAACAAAACAAUUGGCGCUAAAAGCCAAGAAAAAAAUUAUCUGCGUCCGAAAAUGUUUCAAACAUGUCGAAGCUCUGCCAGUAGAUAUUUAUUUCAAAUUAUUUGAUGUUAUGAUCUUUCCGUUAAUCACAUAUGGUAGCGAAAUUUGGGGUUUUAAGACAUAUGAUCACCUAGAAAGUAUCCAUACAGAAUAUUGUAAAAGAUAUUUAGGAUUAGCAAGGACCACAUCUUCAAGUAUGGUUUGGGGAGACUGCGGACGACUUCCAUUAUUUUGCUAUUACUCAACACGCUGCAUUAAAUACUGGCUUAGGGUUACCAGAUUAGGGGACGAGCGUCUGCCAAAUAAAGCUUAUAAAAUGCUUUUAAAUAUGCACAAUCAAGGCAAACGCACUUGGGCUACUGAAAUAAUGCUCCUAUUAGACAAUUUAGGUGUUGGCACAGUCUGGGAAAAUCAAGGCGUUGAAAACAGUGAAAAUUUUCUACUUGAGUUCAAAAGCCGUGCGCAAAAUGAAGGCAAAAGAAUUUGGUACUCUGAUAUAUGUACGGCGGAGAAAACAAAUCAUUAUCGACAAUUUAAAUUUAACUUUGGCAGAGAAAUGUACUUAAAGCUUUCAGUCAACACAAAACUUCGUAGAGCAUAUGCCCGUUUAAGGUGUUCAGAUCACCCCCUAGCUAUAGAAGUCGGUAGACACAGAGGAAUCGCCAGAGAGUAUAGAAUUUGCGAUCUAUGUUUGUCUGAAAUUGAAGACGAGUUCCACUUUCUUCUAAAAUGCCCAAAACUAACACAUUCAGGCAAACAUUUCUCCCCCAGUCUCUCCAGGACCAUGCAGCAAACACCUUGCAGGAUUUUCACAAGAUAA